GGGCGCACAUUCAGUGGCCCGCAAGUCGCCGCGUCGAGCGCUCCACUCUUCGAGCCGUUCCUAUCACGCUAUCGUUAUCGCACACGACCACUCUCCGAACGCACUUACGAUUCGUUUAAAGCUCCAAAAUAAAGACUCAUAUACGUCGAUAUUAAUUCUAUUUUAUCGAUAUAUUUAAUUGAUGUAAAAUUUACAUUUGUUGCCAAGGCAUCAAAUUUCAUAUUAUCAAACACGUGUUUAUAUAUAGUAAGCGCGAACAAAACGCGGUAUCGCCUGAUCCACGUUUUUCACUGCGAGUGAAUAAAUUAGCGGCCGAAGCGUCGCCGUCUCGUGAAAAAUUUCACUUUUUACCGGCAAGGACUGUCUUACCAUGUCUACGAGUCUAGCAUGCCACGCCAGACGGAUCAUUGAUUCAAGUACAUUAUAAUGAAAGUGCACCGCAACAGAGGACAGUUUAUAUCAAUAUCGAAUUAUAAACAUAAAUAAUAUUAAGACGGGUGUCUUUUUGAAUACAAGAGCCAAAAUUUGGUAGUAUGAAGAUUCCAUAGCGAGGAACAGGGAAUUGAGGCAGCAUUGGUACAAAACAUGCGUGCUAGUGGCUGCCGAGGAAACCGAAAAAUGGAUAUGCAGUGUUCGAUGUUUAAACUCCUACUAUUUCAAAUAAUGGUUGUACGGUGCACUGCGAAAUAUCUACCAGUGAAUAUGCCAAGAGUGGAGUUAGCGGGUCAUUUAAAGGAAGAAGUCCAGAGUAGCAUAAGAAACCUUAUACAUACCGGUAUCUACUCUCACCGACACCUGGACUCUUCACAAGUGCAAGUGGUGAAGCCGUUGAAAGUGACGCGGGACGGCGAGCUGGUCUCGCACGCGCUCGAGCACGCGCACCCGCACGGGCACGCGCGCGCGCGCCGCGACCUGCACGCGACGGAGCAUGAGCUGCCCCACUCCUUACAUUACAACCUCACGGUCGAUGGACGGGACCUUAGGCUGGACCUGAGGCCAUCCGUAACGUUCAUCACACCAGCGUUAGUGAUAGAGCGGCACAGCGUGCGCGGGCGCACGCGUGAUCGGCCGCAGGAAACGGCUACUGCUUGUCACUACACUGGUUCUGUGAGAGGGCAGCCCAGCUCCGCCGUCGCUCUCUCCGCCUGCAAUGGCUUGGCAGGUCUUCUACGAACGGAACAUGGCGAAUAUUGGAUAGAGCCCUCCAAUCAAAUACCCACCGAUGAAAAUUCAGGUCGACCACAUGUUAUAUUUAAGAGAUCUGCCGUUGAUAAAGUAAAGGCAUUCCAUAGAAGAAAAAGAGAAGUAGAUGGCAGAACAAACUCAUAUACAAAUUUAAGUAGGAAUAAUAACGAUAAAAAUACCACAGAACAGAAACUAAAACACAAUAAUAGAAGAAGCCGGAAAGAAGCUAUUGAUAGACAGAGACGUAAAUUUUUAGAGGAAAGAAGAAGACGAUUGGAAGAGUUAAGGAAAGACCCGGCGGCCUAUCGGAGGCAUCAAAGAAAAUUACGAAUGGAAGGAAGAAGAUUGAAGUCUUCGUCAACGUCAACAUUGUCAUCAUCAUCAAGAAGUGUGUCUGUAGAAAACAGUAAAACCAGUAAAUCCCUCGAACAAUUUGGAAGCGCCAAGAACCACACGCAGCACAAGUUAAGCAAUGAACAAAGAUCACGACGAAUCAGAACAAGGCGGAAGAGAAUCCGAAGAUCUAAAAAUUGUGCUACAAAACAACCUCCUUAUCAAUGGAAAGAGAAGAAUUUCAAAAAUGAAUCAGAAGAAUUGAAAAAAAAUAGAUACAAUAAGAAAUACAGCCGAUCCCAACACAAGCAAAUGAACAGGCACUAUUAUGAUGCAUCGAAACGUUCGACCCGCUCGGUUAGUAAGCCGAGACACGUUGAAGUAUUACUUGUCGCCGACAAGUCUAUGACCGAUUUCCACAAUCAAGGCAACUUGGAAACUUAUCUACUUACGAUCAUGAACAUGGUCUCAUCGCUUUACAUGGAUCCAUCGAUAGGCAAUUAUAUAAAGGUUGUCGUGGUGAAAAUUGUACUAGUGGAAGAAAUGCGUGCUGCGCCCGAACUCGAUGUAACCACAAAUGCUGAUUACACCCUCGCAUCGUUUUGUCGCUGGCAACACCAACUCAACCCUCAGAAUGACAACGAUCCUCACCAUCACGAUGUGGCCAUCCUAGUCACGAGACAAGAUAUCUGCAGUCAGCACGACGCUCCUUGUAGCACCCUAGGCGUGGCGCACGUAGCAGGCAUGUGCAAGCCGGACCGCAGCUGCUCCGUCAACGAAGACAACGGCAUCAUGCUGGCGCACACCAUCACCCACGAGCUGGGGCACAACUUUGGUCUUUACCACGACACUGAGAAGAUAGGGUGCAACCGUCGGGAGGGCGCAACGCUUCACAUCAUGACGCCUAUCUUUGAGGCGGACACCAUACAAGUGGCCUGGUCUAGAUGCAGCAAGCGGGACGUCACCAACUUUUUAGAUGCGGGAUUAGGCGAGUGUUUGAGCGAUAGACCGUCGCAAGAAGAACCAUACGUAUACCCCGAAGUACCACCAGGCGUAACAUUCGACGCGGCGUCUCAGUGUCACCUGCAGUUUGCAGAAGCAGGAGCAGAAGCGGUAGUGUGCGCGAAGCCGGCGGAGCUGUGCGAGCAUCUGUGGUGCCUCGUCAACAACACCUGCAAGACCAUGCUGCGGCCCGCUGCGCCCGGGACUACUUGCGGAGAGAAUAUGUGGUGUCAGAACCUAACAUGCGUGGCGCGGACACCAUCGCCGGUGCCGCGCAACGGCGGCUGGGGGCCUUGGAGCGAGUGGAGCGAGUGCUCGCGCACGUGCGGCGCAGGCGUCUCCACGCAGUCGCGCGAGUGCAACAACCCCGAGCCGCUCAACAACGGAAACUAUUGCAUCGGGGACAGAAGUCGAUACAAAGUAUGCAACACGGAUCCGUGCCCUAUCAAUGAACCGACGUUUAGAGAAGUGCAGUGCGCGAGGUUUAACAAUAUGCCGUACAACAAUGAAACUAUCGCGGAAUGGAUACCCUACAUAGAUCAAGAUAAACCGUGUGAGCUGCAAUGCGUGCCUCGGAACAGAAAUGAUAUCGAAAUGAUUGGAGUGUUCGUAGCUGACGGAACGCCUUGCAGGCAAAGCAUCGGCGCCAGGGAUAUGUGUAUUGCCGGUGUCUGCUACAAAGUUGGGUGUGACUGGAUCGUGGAUUCCGACAUAGAAGAAGACGAGUGCGGAGUUUGCGGAGGAAACGGAUCAGAAUGCAAAACUGUGCAGGGCAUUUAUAACAAGGACACAACAAGACAAUCUGGAUUUAGUGAGGUUGCCGUGAUACCCGCUGGUUCGAGGAAUGUAAGGAUUCAAGAAAAGGUCAGCCCCGGAAAUUAUAUUUCUAUUGGCAGCGCGAAAUCGAGAAAAAUAUAUUUGAAUGGAGCACGAAAUGCUACACUGACGGAAUAUUUCGUAGCGGGAACCCAAGCGAUCUACGAGAGAGAUCGCGAUUGGGAAAAAGUUCGAAUUUCCGGACCCCUCGCGGAGGAUAUUAAAGUUUAUCAACGUAUCUUCCGCGGCAAGCACCGCAACCCGGGCGUGGUGUACCAGUACACGGUGGACCAGCCCCGCGGCAAGCGCUACGCCUACCGCCUGUCCGACUGGUCCGCCUGCUCCGCCACCUGCGGCCACGGCCGCAUGCAUCGCCACUACACCUGCGUCGACGAUCACCAGCGUGUGGUGGAGCUGUCGCAGUGCUACCACAUGGAGCCGCCGCGGCACGAGGCGCUGCUGCAGCUGUGCCGCCAGCCCGCCUGCACGCACUGGUGGGUGGGGCCCUGGCAGCCCUGCGCACCCUGCCACAUGCCGGGCGAAGAAGCGACUAAACAACGGAACGUCCACUGCGUGAAUAAAAUAUCAAAUAACGUCGUAAAUGAUGCAGAAUGUGAUUUGGCGAUAAAGCCCGUGAGCGCGAUUCGGUGUCCCGACGUACCAGCCUGUUGAACACGGCUUGCAUGAAAUAUGGAACCCAUGGUAAUGAAAAUAAUUGAAGAAAAACAAACUCCGAUACAUAGAUAUGACUAGACCUAUAACCUGAAAGGAAUGAAGAAAAUGAGACAGUAUCAGCAGACAAGUUUGACCUGUCACCUCAAAAGUACAACGAUCAUUUCCAUGCAUAUCUAGUGUAUGCACUUAUUAUUAUCUAUUGCUGGAAUGCAUAUUUAUGAGCGAUUACUCAACUGACGUCCACCUGAGGUGCGCUGAAUCGAGUAAAAACGCAGUUCUACAUUUAAAACAUAUAGGUAGCGAAUAAUUGCGCUUUGUUUCGACGCGGCUCCGAGCCUAGUGAACGGUAGCCUUUACGAAAGGGAAGUUCAGCGAAAAUAUUUAAGAGGUGAUGUCUGAUAUGCACGAAAAAAGUGUAAUAAACUUUACGGUUGAAUUGAAUGUAACGAAUGGGUGAUUAUAAAAAUAUUUUAUCUCGCAAUAUGAAAGAAGCCCAUCGAAUAGGCAUAUUCACUUAGUAAGCCCUCGAAUACGAUCACUUUGUGGAGACGUGCGAAUCUCGCAGGAUAAGUACAUUGAACAAAACUCUGCAAUUACCACUUACUGCCAUAUUAUUUAAGUAAAAUAUAGUUUAAUAUAGUCUUCGCUUAGUUUAAACGACUAAUAAAUACAUAAAUCUGUAACAGUAUUAAAGUGGUGUAUGUAUUCUCUCAUACAGACAAACGUGAAAAUGUUAGUAGAUACUAGAUACUAUGAAAUUUGGACCAAAAAUAUUUUAGAAUUCAAAUUCACGUUGCCAUAAUCGCGGUUACUGCCAAUAUGACACUUGUAUAAUAAGUAUUUUUAAGAUUUACUAAUAAAAUAAAUUCAUAUUUUUAUACAAAUGAAUGUUUGUAUGAUUGUCGUAGGAAUAAAAGUGUAUUUUUUGUAACUAUCGAAAUAAUAAAAUCUGUAAGAAUAGCUAGUCAGCCGUAUUUUUUUAUACUGUCGUAUUCAUAAAAAGCUUCGAUCGGUUUACCUAGCGUUUCUAAUCCGGACUACUAAGCAUUGCAAAUUCUUACCACUAAGAAAAACCAAUUGUUAAUAAAUAAUAAUUAUUAUUACUUUGUCUUUUGGGUUGUAUUUUUAUUACAUUUUAAAUGCAUUUAUAUUUAUUAAUUUACAUAAUUAAUAUUGUUUUUAAAUGUCAACUAAAAUUUAAAACAUAAUAUGUAAAGAUAUUGUUCAUAUUUUAAUCAUAAUAGAUAUAAACCUUCUUUAAUUUAAAAUCUUGCUAAGUCAAGUUGUGAGUAGAUUGUAAAGCUAUGCAAAAAUUAAAGAUGUGAUAUCACAAAAAUCAGGUGUAUGUGGGGAAAACACGAAAUCAUCAUAGCUGCAAGGCAUUUACCGAGUGCGUGCAUUUUACUCCAUGUCAAUAAAUAAUUACGUGUAUAAAAAUAGUGAAUUUAUCAAUUGCCUACAAUUAUUGGAACAAAUGCCGAUAUUUAUUAUUAACAGUGUUGUUUGUGUCCUUUACAUAUUUCAAGUGAUAAGCAUAAUUACUAUAAUAGCGUAGUAUUUUUAUUUAUCUUUAUACCUAACUAAUUAUUUAGGUGUAAUCUUGUACAUGAGUUAACUGAUGUUUCGGUUCUAAGAUUCGUCAGGAAACAUAUUCGUCGAUCGAUUGAUACACAAUUUUAAUUUUCAAAGUGUUUGGAACUAACCUCUAGCUACAAUACGUAAUAAUUUUAUACACUGGUUUAAUUUAUUUUACAUAUUUAAAAUAUAUCACAGGCAUUAGAACUGUAAUUACAAUUGUGUAUUUAAUUUAGAGAUGGCCAAUAAAAAGUGCAUUGUUUUAAA